AUGGGAGAUAUCUACAAUUAUGAAACCAACAAUAUUAAUAAGACCUGCUCAUCUUCCUCUGCAUCUCGUCAUCACAACUGUUCAUCGGACGACAUCUCACUUUUCCUCCAUCAAGUUCUCCUCCGUCCACCUUCAUCUACGUCUUCUUCCUCAUUUGUAGGCCCACGGACGCUGCAGCCGUUUUCAGUGCCAGCCCCUUGUGACGAUCCUCGUCGUUCAGGAGGGAUCUUAGGUGUGGGUUCUAGUGAUGGAGUUAGUGCUGGUCAUUGGUCUGGGAAUGUGAGAGGUGGAGGAGAGAAUGAGACUGAUCAUGAGUGUGAUUGUGAAAGUGAGGAGGGUUUGGAAGCUUUAGUGGAUGAGAUAUCACCAAAGCCAGCUCCUCCACGAAGCUCAAAGAGAGGUAGAGCUGCAAAAGUUCAUAAUUUGUCUGAAAAGAUUUGCACACUAACUGGGUUUUGUACUAUGUGGGGUGUUUUUGGGCAGAGGAGGAGGAGCAGGAUUAAUGAGAAAAUGAAGGCACUGCAAAAUUUGAUUCCAAAUUCCAACAAGACAGAUAAGGCUUCUAUGCUCGAUGAAGCUAUUGAGUAUCUCAAGCAGCUUCAGCUCCAAGUACAGGUUCUUGACAUUGGGGGUGUAUUUGACUGGUGUACAGGGAUUAAGGAGGUAGAAGAUUUUGCAGGCAUAAGCAAUGUGGACUCUUUAGGUAUAAUUACCUACAAGAUGGUCGAUAGUGCACGUAUGUGUGCAUAUAUUAGGAUCAAUCAAUUUCCUUGUUUUGACGCUGAACUCUCAGCACCCUCAAAGUAA